UUUGCCUGAUAAGCAAACACAGGUAUCGUAUUUGGUCUGCUUCACACGCAGGAAAAGCUGCUCUGUGACAUCGCGGGGCGCUACGGAGGCUAAGGGGAAUCCUGGAGAAAGUGAGAGGAGGACAGGCCAGCGUGUCCCUGCAGCAGCCAAUGAUUGGUGGGCCCCUGCAAGGAAUUAAGCACGUCGGGGGCUCCCUCGCCCUGUCGGCUAACGGCUAAAACCUCCCUAAUCCCAGGCACCCAAAGACUCCCCCAGUCGGAUUACGCGUCAGCCAGCGAGUGAGAGGCGGCGUCAGAUACUGGCGCUUUGUUACCUGGACGGUCCUAUAAGUCUACAGCUAAGAAAUAAAACAGUCUUCCCGGAGAGGGUUUAGCUUGCCAGUAAGAUUUCAUGAAUCAUCCCUUCUCAUUAAAGGCUCUGCAUGUUCAUGGCAGGGGGAGGAAAUGUUUACAAACUGCAAUAAAUAUUGAAAAAUCCUAUCAAUCACAGUGUCUAACUCCGUGACGCGCCCAGCGCGCUGAUUAUCCGUGUGCAAAGAUUAUACAGAUUGACCCCGAAGCAGGCGCAGCUAAAAUAACCGCCGCGCUGCAGUGAGCGGCUUUGGAGCGGCGAAGGAGCGCUAUUGCCGCUAUCCGUUUGAAAAUGUGAAACCAGAUUCCCUGAGACCAUGAGCGAUGUGGCCAAGACCUGCCUGCCUGAGCAGGACAUGUCCUCCGGGAGCUGGUCCCCACGCUGUCCAGACCACCCCCUGUCCUCUGCCCCCCAGGUGCCCCAGAGGCCCAAGCGAGUCCGCUUCUACAAGAGCGGGGAUCCCCACUUCAGUGGCCUCCAAGUGGUCAUCAACAGCCGAGCCUUUAAGACCUUCGACGCCCUGUUGGACAACUUGUCCAAAAAGGUUCCCCUGCCGUUCGGGGUGCGAAACAUCACCACCCCCCGGGGUACACGUGUUGUCCGGAGCCUCGAUGAGCUGGAGGAUGGGAAGUCCUACCUGUGCUCUGACAAAAGGAAGAUUCACCCCAUCAACCUGGAUGUGGUCAACAGAAGACCGGUGACCGGCGAUGUCGAGAACCGACUCAGCAAUCCUGAGGACUCGCCACUGGUGCAGACGCCCAAGUGGUUGAUGGUCUUCAGAAAUGGAGACGCCGGCGUCAAGCACAGGGUGGACCUUCAGGCCAUCCAGACGUGGGAGAGUGUACUAGAGAGCAUGUCAGAGGUGCUACAUAUCCCAGUGCAGAAGAUCUACACCAUGGACGGCCGAAAAGUUGCUAGUCUUUCAGGUCUAGCCUUGUGCUCUUCUGGGAUUGUGGCCUCAGCAGGUGAACACUUUAAACCAGCCAGGUACCAAGUGCAGGGCCCUGCCCAAACAAGAUGGCCGCCUACCAAGGAACCACUCAGACGUCACACACGUGCUGGAAAUGCAAACUCACCGUCCAGCGAUUUGAAGUCAAAGAAGGACAUUACAAGCGAGAUAAUGAGCAGUUCUUCCAGCUCAAGCUUGUUCGACUUCCCCAGCAAUCGCAGCACCUCUGAAGGGGUCACGAUGAACGACACCACAGCCUCAGAGCCCAUUCUCUGCACUGCUGAUGGAAGAGCUGCCAGACCUCUCCUGCCUCCAGAUGGCGACAUUGAGAAGUCAUUCUGCAUUAAUGAGGAUGGCAGCAUGACAGUGGAGAUGAAGGUGCGACUGAAAGUCAAGGAGAAAGAGAUAUUACAUUGGACAACCACGCUGAUGCGGUCUACUGUUGCCAAGAGACGCAGACCGGGCUGUGAUCCAAGGCCAGAGUCAACGGCUGUUCCACCAGACCUAGAUGAUAUUCCGAAUAUUUUUAACGGAUAUAAGUCCAGUGAGGACCUUGCCCAAGCCGGAGAUCAACUGAAUAAGGGCAAACCUUGCUUCUGGAGACCAGGUACGCCCGGCCCCAGGCACACAAGGAAGCUGGGAUUGGUGGAGAGCCUCAGUACCUCGUCAGACACAGGAGUCGUAGAGAAUGUGAUAGGUGCAUACUCUUCCAAAGAGGAGGGGCCUAACAUGGACAAAACCAAGGGUCAUCAGUUGGUGUGGCCAAUUCCCAAACCAAGGACAGUUAAGCUUACAGAAGCUGAAUAUAACAGAGCGGUCUGCAUCUCCCAGGCUCCCGAGGUCCUCCAGAUGCACGAAAAGCAGGAGGAAAUCCCAGAAGCUGAAUGUAACAGAGCGGUCUGCAUCUCCCAGGUUCCCGAGGUCCUCCAGAUGCACGAAAAGCAGGAGGAAAUCCCAGAAGCUGAAUGUAACAGAGCGGUCUGCAUCUCCCAGGCUCCCGAGGUCCUCCAGAUGCACGAAAAGCAGGAGGAAAUCCCAGGCACGACACUCCACAGGCGUAAACAGCAGAGCUGCUACAAUAAUGAGGUCAACACUGAGGACCAGAAUGUAUGCGAGCUCUUGUACCAGCAUUCUGUCUCUGAGGACGCUGCUCCACUGUCAUCCAGCUACGACCGAGACGAUGAACAAAAUCAUAUAUCCAUCACCUCCACUACUCUAAAUGAGAGACAAUCUGAACGCUUUCCCUUAUUAUCGGAAGAGGCGAUUACCUCUUACAGUGACACCAACCAUCAUUCCUCUUUCUCGGACAGUGCGGCAGGUGCUCCGCACUUGGUUUCCGACCUGCCCCCCGCUGACAUUGCAAGGGAGGCCCAGAGUCAAAAGGAUGAGACGGACAUGCCUAAGCCAAGCAAAAGGAAGCCUGACAAACAAAAGAACACAAAACCUCCAAGUACAAGUGCAGACAAAACUCAAACGAAAGACACCACAGGUAUCAUCAAGGACGGAGAAAGGGCUAUGCCUUUGAAAGUCCCAAGCCAGACAGGGGAACAGAAGAACUCUGACCAAGAAGGAGCAGCUACCAGAACUGGACAGAAGCUGAAAAAGACAGAGAAACUGAAAGCAAACAAAAACAGAGAUACUGCAAAUAUGGGCCUGUCAUUUCCUCAAAAUGCAUUUGUCCAGAAGGAGCACAAUGCACGCGGACGAAAUAUCAUCAAAGGCCGUCCGUCCAAUGUAGACAAAAAUUACUCGACUGUCUCCCUUACUAGGGACACGUCGGAUGCUCUACCACAUGCCAACAAGACAGUGAAAAAACGAACAUCUCUGAGGGAGAUCAGGAUGGGCUUAAGAGAAGGUCGUGACCUUGGUGGAAGCGUGUCGCUGCCCCCGUUUCACCGCGGCGUCACGGAAUAUGUGGAAAACUGGCUGGAUAAAAUAGACACAGAAACCAUCCACUGCAUCGGUGAAACAAACACUGUUAAAACAGAUGGAGGAUUAAAAGGGGUCUUUCAGAUCGGAAGCGACUCCACAGAGGAAUCUGAGAUGAAAGACGAAACUAAAAAGCUCAGCGGAAAGGAAUGUCUUCCGUUUGACUGCAAUAUAAAUGAAAGCCAAAUGCUCCUUAAUACUUCAGAGAUGGUGCUUGAAAAAAUGUUACUUGAUGAAAUGCAAAUUCUAGAAACUUUGGAUCUGAGUGUACAGGAAGAACCAGCUAUACAGGAACCACCAAUGAGGUUAACAGGCUCAAAUCCUGAGGCUCCCCAACCGGACACAAUGCCAGUUCUAGAAAAACUGUGCACCUCAGCAAUGUCAAACAGACACAUGUCAAACUACAGUUGCCUGGAAAAGUCCCACAGUGUCCCUGAUUUCAUGUCAUGCGCUGCCUCUACAUUCAGUCCGUUCUCCAGGUUUCUCACAGCAUUUCCAUCAGCGAUGACAUUAAAUGAAGGUUUAGCCUACGCUAGCAUGAGGGAAUCGUUGGUAAACAAUGUUCAGUCUCAGUCAGAGCCUUUGAAGGUAAUUAAGUGUUUACAAGGGGCAGCCACCAUCGAGGAUGCAGUUAAAUUAAUGGCCAGUCAGUCAGAUUUACAGAAUUACACAUCCUUCCUGCAGAGAAGUGUUGUAGAGCUGAAUGGCAGAACCAGGAACUGUACUCUUUCAUCACUUAACUCAUCAAAUGAAUUUAACCCACUUAAUGGAGAGAACAGCAACAAAUUUCAAGAAACACCCAACACUGAAGAACUUCUGGAGGAACAUGGUAUGUCUGAAGAAUUCAGAAAAGAUCUGUCAUCCCUAGUAAGGGGAGAAAUUAAUAUUUUCAAUGCAAAUGAUCAACCAAGCCAGGACUUAAUUGAAUUUGGAAAAGUAAAAAAUGCGCAAUGUGAAAGUUCUGAGAGUCAUAGAACAUGUGAAGAUUCUGAAGUAUCCUCUGAAGAUGACAAGAUCAUGACCUUCAAAAGAGGUAGCCACGAAGAUGAGAAGGUUAACUGUAAGGGGGAGAGGGCUAGCUUUGAAGACACAGUCGUAACAGAAGUCAGAUCAGGUGCUUCAGAUGUAAUAAGCAAUGAAUCUCACUUUCCUUUGAGUGAACAUUCAGCAAAGGGUUUUGUGGGAAAAACACCUGAAAGGUGCAGGAGAACACAGCUCUCAGAGGACACAAGCAACCAAUGGAAAGUCAAGGAAGACAGGUGGGACACAAGAGUGGAGGACCCCUCUUCUUCUGGCUCUGUGGAAAUCCCAAAGGACUUGCUAGACUUUGUAAACUCAGCCCUUCACUCUUCCACGCUCACUUUCAGUUAUGACUCCAAAGGAAGUUUAAAAAUAGAAGUUGAGGGAACCAAUAUCAAAUUAACACACAGAAUUCCCAGAAGCAGUACAGAUGUGCAGUAUGAUCAUAAGCGGCUACCAAGCCCAAACACAUCAGACUUCUCUGAUUACGGACCAGAGAUGACAGAGAGCGAUGAACUUAAAUCACAGGAAUCGGUCGAAUUAAUCACCGAAAGUGAGGAGGAUUAUUUUGGAGGGCAGCCUGAUGAUCAGAACUGUGUACAGAAUAAAAUCGGAGGAAGAAAGGACGACUCUGAAGUCUCAAUACUAAAGGCAUCAUUCUCAGCACCUCCCAUAAAAGAGAACCAAAACCAACCAUUCAGCUGCUCCAGUGACAGAGCAAUGGCAGAUGACAUCACAGCAGGACCUGUGGAUGCUUGUGAUAAACCCGAGCAACGCAUGGUCCAUAGCACUGCAGAGGACAUGAGCGAGGGUGUCCUGAUUGACAAGGGUCAAUGGCUUCUCAAAGAGAACCACCUCAUCCGUAUGUCUCCUCCUGGACCCUUGGGCAUGUAUGGGAACAUGGACACCACAUCAGCCAGUACAGGCCAGGAAAAUGGCAGUGAUGACAUCCCAGCCUCCUAUUUUGUGGGUCCAGCUUCCACCACUGCUGCCCUCUCCUCCUCAGAGCUGGAGGAGAUGGUCAAGCCAAAGGAGUCGACCAAACUUGCCUAUUUUGCUAUGCAACAUGGUAGUGACUCAGACCCCUUCCAGGGCGAGCUCAGCAGCAGAAGCAGUGCAGAAGAUACUGUGGCCACCUCGAGAGAGUCGAUGGUUAACAAUAAGGAGGAGGUCAGCAUUUACUCCAACACCAAGAACCCUGGGACCUGGGCUAAGAGGAUGAGUAGAUUGAACUCAUUCACAUCGGUUGAGUUCAAGAUCCCAGAUGGUAAGGUGUGUCCCUCGACGGCGCUACCUGCUGGGGUUCUUGCAGAAGCCCAGGAUGCUAGAAGUCAGAACCACAGGGCCAGGAUGAUCCAGGAGCAGCGCUCUGUAAACGUUCCCUGUGGACCUCACUGCCCCAUAUUAUAACACAGCAUCACAGCCUCUAACUGUGUCAUAUCACUGGCCACACAGGCCGCUGCAUCACACUGUACCAGACUCUCCUGGCUAAGAGCAUAACACAGACCGAUAAGUUGAUAGGCUUACAGCAAGACUCAUUCCUUCUCGGUGACAUUCUCAGGAUUUUCAUACCAUCAUAUUUCAGUUUUUGUCAUUCUGUGUUAUAAAUGAUUAAUUUGCACCAGUUAAUCAUGCGGAUACCCUUAUUCAAUUGCAGGGUACAGCAUUUGAAUUCUAUUGGUGCCUUUGAAUGCAGAGAUUUUUGUGAUCAUACAUUAAGAUGAUGUUUUAUUUUGCAUUACAAAAGUAGCUGUCUGAUGUUACAUUCACAAUGAAACCCUGAUUGCUGCAUUUAGUAAGCUGAAGUGACAAGGGAAAAUAAAAGCAGUACAAUGAAAACGCAA